AUGCCAGCCCACGCGGAAAAAAGCACCGAACGCGAGGCUGAGAUGAAUGAGCCUUUGAGGAAGAAAAUGUUGCUCGAAGCCAGCGCUACUGGGAUCCAGUUAGCUUGCAGAGGUGGAGUCAACGCAGCCAAUACGUCGAAACUGCUCACUGGCCCAUGUAUUGGAAGUAUUGCCAAGCUAACUGUUGGGAGCGAAUUUCAGGACCCCGUAAUAUUGGAACGUCUGAAAGGAACAAUUAAGUUGAAGCUCCAAGGUUCUAUUACACAGGCUGUGAAAGGGCUACUCAGUAUGGUGUCUCUCUCUAUUGAGGAGGUUAACUAUUUGAAAAAAGUGACCCAAGAAUUGCAGAAACGUAUCCGGAAACUGGAAACCAUCUCGCGAAAGGUUGAAGCGCUUAUUAUCGAAAGUAUGCCCCCUGCUCCCAAACCUGUAGUAGCAGCGGUGGAUCAUCCUCUGGAAUUGAAUACCGUCGUCAUUCCGCCGCCUCAGUCCCAACAGCUCUCCGAGGCAACAACUCAAGCGCCUACGACAGCAUACAUUGCCACUGGAACUCUACCAAUAUCACCGAACCUGCCAUCCUCUUCCUCCUACCCUCUUGCCCAGAAGCCACAAAUGUCCCCGCCACAAGUCUCACAAGCGGCUCCUAACCCAUUUGUCACCUAUGCCACCACCCAUCUGGCUGUCGAGGCACCUCAGACGGUUGCCUCCAUCGCGCCCUUGCCCGCGUGCGACCUUCCAGCGUCGUCCCUUAAUGCGUUGUCCAUCUCUGUGCAGCCUCCGUUGCUACUUUCUAUUUCUGUAUCUUCCGAGGGAAUUUGCCUUCAAUGGGAACUUGACUCUGUGGAAUUUUCGUUCGAACCGGCAGCAUUCUACGAGUUAUACAGCUACGCAAGCUCAGAUGUCGAUCCUCGUUUUCCACUAUCCAGCGACGUAUGGCAAAAGGUCGGUACCAUUGAGGCUUUACCGUUGCCGAUGGCUUGCACUUUGACAAGUGUGCAACCGGAGAAUGUCUAUUACUUCGCUCUGCGCUCUAUUGAUCGGUUCCAACGCACCUCCGAGUGGUCUAACGUAGUUGAUGUGCAGAUGGGCCGAUUUAUGAGGUUUCAAGUGGUGCUAUUGAUGUUGUUGCGAAUGGAACGUGAUUCCGAUAACUUACUACAUGACGGUUGGAACCUUUGUCUCAUUUUUGGCCUCCGCUCCUACUACCGUAAAUUCAUUAAUACAAAAAAUGUUUAUGAAUGA